CUAAGCUCCAAUGCUGGAUAUUGUACAGCAGCUCUAGGUGACACGUAACGAAAGGUACGUCCAGGGCCUUCUUAAACUUUACGUGAACAAGUUAAAACGACUUAUUUCCAUAAUGUAAGUAACGCGACAAAACUUCCACCCACUACGACAACCGUUUUCAAGUCAAAUUCAUCUCUUAAAACUUUGCAAAAAAAAAAACACCUCGAGACUUUUCGAAAGACGAAACGCACAGAAAUGCGUUAUGUUUUCAUAGCAUCUGGACAUAUAUUUUUUCAUGAGGAAUCUCGCAGCUGUCUCGGCACCGAAGGGUAAGGAGGGAACCAUUCCCAGGAAACUUUCUGUGGACUCCAGGAGGACGGCGAUCAUGGGCAACGGCGUGUGCUCCAGGAAGCAGAAGAAGAUUUUCCAGUCGCUCUUACUGGUCACGGUGGUUUUCGGGAUGAUUUAUGGUGGGAUGGUGUCUUACGAGAUGCACAAACAGCUGACCAGGACAGAGGCUCUGGCAUUAAAAUACCAGCAGCACCAGGAGUCUCUCUCAGCUCAACUUCAAGUUGUUUACGAGCAUCGCUCCAGGUUGGAGAAAUCUCUUCAGAAAGAGCGUCUGGAUCAUAAAAAAGCUAAAGAAGAUUUUCUUGUACACAAACUAGAAGCCCAACAGUCUCUCAACAAAGACAAGCAAGAUGCCAGCGUCAGGUUUAACUCUCUGCAUUCUCAGCACCAGAUAUUAAAGAAUCAACAUGAUGAUCUUAAAAAACAGUAUUAUGAACUACAAGAGCGACAUCAGCUACAAGGAGACGAACACAACAGGGCUGUAGAUGAACACAAACAGAAACUAGAUGAACUUCAUCAGAUCAAACAGGCUGAGGUUUCUAAACUCCAAGAGAAUGUUUAUAACCUGCGUGAGGAGAACAAGCAGUUGAGAAAAGCUCAUCAGGACAUCUAUGUCCAGCUUCAGGAUAAUAGGCAACAGCACAAGAACUUGAAAUCGUCCCACGACCAGCUUGUGUUGACCCUGGAGGACCACAAGAGUGCGCUAGCAGCAGCCCAGGUUCAGGUGAAUGAAUAUAAAGAGCUGAAGGAGACUCUGAAUAAGAUGCCCAGCAUGAAACAGACUGCGGCUCAACCUCAGCAACAUGGGGAUGCUCGAACUGUGCAGCCGAUGCAGAACAGAGCACCUGCUCACACCGAAGAGCAGCUCCAGGAAACCGAUCGACAGUCGCACCACAAGGAUGAGGAUGGAGACGUGGGAGGAGCAGAAGAGCGGAGGAGAGAGCUCGCGGAGGAGGAGAUGGAGCAGGCGGGGCAGCCUCAGAAACUGGAUGAGGAGGACUUUGAUCUAGCCCAUAAUGAGGUGGAGGAGCCUCUGGCCAACCAACCAGAUGAGAACGCAGUAGAGAGAGAGAAACGCGCUCAAGAGUCUCACCCCCAGGUGGCGCCAGAAGAGGCUCAGGUGCAGCAUGCGCAGGUGGAGCGGGUGAAAUCUGCUUAUGAACAGCAGCAGGAGCAGCAGCGUCUGGCUGCGCAGCUGGCAGACGAGCGCAGACAGCUGCAUCUGCGUCAGGAGGCUCUGCAGAGACAGCAGUUACAACAGCAGAAAGAGAGAGAGGAGCGACUGCAUCUGCAGAGAAAGAGAGAGGAACAACAGAACAGAGAAGCUGACCUUAAAGAACAACAAUUCCAACAAGAGAUGCUCAGGAAGAGGGCACAUUAUGAGAGCAUGGAUGCUGAUGUUGUCCAAGGAGAGGAAGACGCACGUAUCACAGAGGAGAAAGAGAGGACCAAACAUCAAGAAGAACCCAAGCGUGGUGGAGAGGAGCAUGUUCUCCAGGAGGAUAUAAAGCACCCUGUAGAAGCAGAUGUUGACCCUGAGAAUGACCCUAACAAUCAGGGCGAGGAUGAGUUCGAGGAGGCGGAACAGCAGCAGCAUGGUGAGGCAGAAGAGGAGGAAGAGCCGGUACCCGUGGGACACCCUGACAUGCACCUGCCCAAUAAGAAUGAACACCAGCACGCUGAGGAACAGCUGGUGAUUGCUGGAAACCCGGACCAGCAGGAGGACAAUCUGGAUGAGCAGUACCAGGAGGAGGGAGAUGAUGAGGCUCAGGACGAGAUGAUGGAAAACCAGAAGCGCGAGGCGGGGAGAGAGGAAGGGGGAGACCCCUAUAAUGAGGAGAAUGGAGAACAGGAAGAUGCCCGACAUCAGGAUGCCAUGAAGAAAGAUAAACGCCCCGCUCAAGAUGAGGAGAACUACGAAGAGGAAGAGGAGGAAGAGCAGGGUAACGCAGAUCAAGCAGCCAAUGGCAGGGCAGAGAUGUGAGCCGUUGGGAAGGAAGGACAGCUGGAUUUAGAUCCUUUUGAACAUUGAACCCAAUGCGUUGGCUUGUUCUGAUGAAUAAGAAACAUGUUCCCUAACUGGUCUGCGUUAGUCAAAUGAAGAUGCACGAAAGCAGCGCUGACCACUAACAGACCGGACGCCCUGCUGUCUGUCUAUGCGAUUUGUUCAAAUUAAGAAUAAAUACACUACAGGACUUUUGCUCGAAUUUUGCACAGAUUUUCAGUCUGGACUCAAAGUCUGUGCCAGUCUGCAGAUUUGAUCAAAUAUUGAUUUCAAAAAGUCUGCAAGUGUAUGAUGUCUAGUUUAAAACAAAUCUGUUCAGAUCUUAAAAGUCUUGUAGUGUAUUCCAGCCAUUAAAUACGUACGUUUGGCUUUUUAACUGAUGUUGCAGGUUUGUUGCACGGAUUUUAAAAGCGCAGAUUUUAGCCGUCUGAAAGAUUUCCCAGGUGACACUUUUCAUUUGACACUGACAUUAUUAUUGAAUGAUGUCUUUCCUCGCAGCUGCACGUGUCUUCGAAGUAAUAUUGUAAUACUAUUUAAACAAUACAUAGCUUUUCAAAUGGGUGAAUCUUCCUUUCAGGUGUUUGGAAUUAAUGUCAUAUUUAACAAUAACAUGAUGCACACAAAGGAAACUCGGAGUGAAGGACAGGCAGCAGUCAACAAUCAGCAUUGACUGCUCAAUUUGCCAAACACUGGCCACGCCCAUCGACCACAUUUAACUGAAUGAAAAUAUGUUAAUAAUGCAUUAUCAGUGUGAUUUGACAUUACACAUUCAUGUAGUGACGUCUAUAGAUCCAAACAGAUGUAGUGACGUCAUUCUAGCACGCAAGUGUUGCUGUCGACAAUUUUCAAUUACUUUUUUAUCUUAGAUUUGUGUUAACUGUACCGCUGCCGAACCAAAAUCGUUCCGUUUUCUAUUUUAAACCAAGUGCCUCACGAUACAGGAGAGAUUUUGACAGUCUCUUGCCAAGAUGCUUCGGCUACUGACCUCUCGUCAGAGGUCUCCUUUAUGGUAACACAUUUGCCUUUUGUUUUUUAUUCCUAAUUGUCAAGUCAAUUCACAACUGCCAAGUAGUAUUCUAGUAUAAACUAGCAUUAGUAUUCAAAGCUAAUGGGCCUAGAAGUCGGUUGCCUUAUAACAUUCAACAUCAGUCUAGAGUUUAAUGGCACAUUGAAAGAGAUUUGAUAAUAAUGAGACAUCGUGUUCAGAUAUUUGCAUAUUUGAGGAGUAAACAACAGUUGCACGAUUUACACACGAUUGUUUGUCCAGAAUGUAUACUGAAUCACUACAAUAAUGGAAUAUCGUAUUUAUUUUGUAUUUACUUGUUCUGUCUUAUAUAUCAUCUUUCUUGUUUUUUAUUUUCAAGACACCAGAUUUUUAGACUGGAUAGUUGAUGUAAUUUUUGUGAAACCAACUUUGUUUGAUACUUUGUAUUUAAAUAAAUGUAUCUAUAUGUGUAUACAAUUUUGUAAACGUGAAAUAUAUCCGUUUUGAGAGGUUAAUUUGUGUUCCAUCUUGUUGAUAAUGGCAUGUGAGCAGAAUAGAAAAUUGGUGGAAGGGUUUUAUAGUUUAUCUUCCUCUUUUAAUCCUGCACAAACGUUGAGACUGGAGGCUGACCUAUUUUUUCUUGCUUGUUGACCUUGAGUAGAAAGAGAGUGUUUUCUUCCAUCUUUUAUCCACCCUUUAUGUCAUUCCAAAUGUAUAUGGAUUUCUUUCUUCUGCAGGAAACGCAAAAUAAGUUAUUUUGAAGAACGUUGGAAACAAAAAAAAAACUUUGACCUCGUUGACUUCCAUUGUCCGCACACAAAACCACCGAGACAUUUCCCAAAAUAUCUUCUUUUGUGUUCCACAGAAAUGACAGAAUAAGUUGUAUUUUUAUUUUCUUAUCUUUGAAAAUAAAUGAAGACACUAUAAACUA